AUGUACACCUUAUCAGAAUUCUAUAGACAUUUUCAGCUUGCUAAAGAAUUUGACAUUAAACAAGAUACAGCCUGUGACGGGGAAAUAAUUAUUCAUCUUUAUGCCAAGUAUGGUAUAGAAUUUGCAGCAAAACAUUUAGAUGGGGUGUUUUUCUGUCUUAUGGACACAGCUAACAGAAAAGUAUUUCUUGGCCGGGAUACCUUCGGUGUAAGACCUGGUUUCCGAAUUACAACAGAAGAUGGGUUUUUGGCUGUAGUUAUAGAAGCUGUAGAAAACGUCAUAUAUCAUCUUGAAAGUUAUGACAUCACGACCGUAAGAGCAUCUGUUGGAAUGUAUCUAAUUAGUCAGUAUAUAAAAGAGAAGACGGACACAACUGUGAUAUUGUCAGGUGAGGGUUCCGACGAAGUGGCGCAAGGAUACAUUUAUUUCCAUAAAGCGCCAUCUAUCGAGGAAGCUAGCGAGGAAAGCAGACGACUUUGCAAAGAUUUAUACAUGUUUGAUGUCCUCCGUGCUGACAGAACAACUACGGCUUGGGGACUUGAGUUACGUGUGCCAUUCUUGGACCAUCGUUUAAGCCAUUAUUACAUGUCUCUACCUGAUGGUGAUAAACGCCCAAAAAAGGGUAUUGAAAAAUAUUUACUGCGGUCUGCAUUUUCCGGUAUUGGUUUAUUACCAGAGGAGAUUUUAUGGCGUCCAAAGGAAGCGUUCAGUGAUGGCGUGUCAUCCGUUACCAAGUCGUGGUACGAAGUUCUGCAGAACCAUAUUGACGUUCAGAUAAACGACAGCGAGGUAGAAGAUGCAGCAAAGAAAUAUACCCACAAUGCCCCACGAUCGAAAGAAGCGCUCUACUACCGGCGAAUGUUUGAGAAAUAUAACGCCGGCCAUAGUCAAUGGAUCCCAUACUUUUGGAUGCCUAAAUGGACUCAAACUACAGACCCCUCAGCUAGAACAUUGAAACAUUAUAAACAGUGAAAUAUUU